AUUUGACAGCAAUAUGGAGCACUAGAUACUUCUAGGAUUAGAAACUGAUUGCUAGUGGGGAGAUUCCAGCUCCAGCAGCCAGUUGGGCAGCAGCAAAGUAAAAUGGACAGCGAGAGUCAGACGUUUCAGGCACCUCUCCGCUGCCCAGAGAUCCCGGAGCUGUUCUCAGGCCAGCCCGUUUCCCAGCUCGAGUCUCUGAGCACACGGGACCACAGGAGCCCAGGGAGCGCCUAGAAGCCGCUCCGCGGAGAUGCCUUCACCCGAGCAGUAAGAACUUCCCGCUUGAGUCUCUGCAUCCCCUCGGCGAGAAACUCCCCAAAGGCGAGGGGAGGACGACCCCGGGGGAGGGGCGAGGGGACCCCAGCUCCGCUCUUUCUCCCCUCCCCCUCCCCCUCCAGGGGCGCGCAGGGAUGGAGGUGCCCGGCCCUGGACUGGGCAACAACACCACGACGUCCGAGGGCUCCUUCGGGACACUUGGCAACGCGACGGGGACCUCCGACGUGACCUUCAGCUACCAAGUGAUCACUUCUCUGCUCUUGGGCACCCUUAUCUUGUGCGCGGUGCUGGGCAAUGCGUGCGUAGUGGCCGCCAUCGCCCUCGAGCGCUCCCUGCAGAAUGUAGCCAACUAUCUCAUCGGCUCGCUGGCUGUCACCGACCUCAUGGUGUCGGUGCUAGUUUUGCCGAUGGCAGCGUUGUACCAGGUGCUCAACAAGUGGACACUUGGACAGGUCACCUGUGACCUGUUCAUCGCCCUCGACGUACUGUGCUGCACCUCGUCCAUCCUGCACCUGUGCGCCAUUGCCCUGGACAGGUACUGGGCUAUCACGGACCCCAUCGACUAUGUGAACAAGAGGACGCCCCGGCGCGCCGCUGCGCUCAUCUCGCUCACUUGGCUCAUUGGCUUUCUUAUCUCCAUCCCGCCAAUGCUGGGCUGGCGCACUCCCGAAGACCGCUCCGACCCCGACGCGUGCACCAUUAGCAAGGACCACGGCUACACUAUCUACUCCACUUUCGGCGCUUUCUACAUCCCGCUGCUGCUCAUGCUGGUUCUUUAUGGGCGCAUCUUCCGAGCCGCGCGCUUCCGUAUCCGUAAAACAGUCAAGAAAGUGGAGAAGAAGGGAGCAAACACCCGCCUCGGGGCGUCUCCCGCUCUGCAGCCCAAGAAGAGCAUAAAUGGUGAGCCAGGUAGCAGAGACUGGAAACAGGGCAUGGAGAACAAGGCAGGGGGGGCUCUGUGUGCCAAUGGUGCAGUGAGGCAGGGCGACUACGGCGCCGCCCUGGAGGUGAUCGAGGUGCACCGGGUCGGCAACUCCAAAGAGCACCUGCCGCUGCCCAGCGAGGCCGGUGUUGUCCUUUGCGCCCCCGCCUCCUUUGAGAAGAAAAAUGAGCGCAACGCAGAGGCCAAGCGCAAGAUGGCCCUGGCCCGCGAGAGAAAGACGGUGAAGACGCUGGGUAUCAUUAUGGGCACCUUCAUCCUCUGCUGGCUGCCCUUCUUCAUCGUGGCCCUAGUCCUGCCUUUCUGUGAGAGCAGCUGCCACAUGCCCACCUUAUUGGGUGCCAUAAUUAACUGGCUGGGCUACUCCAAUUCACUGCUCAACCCUGUCAUUUAUGCCUACUUCAACAAGGACUUUCAAAAUGCGUUUAAGAAGAUCAUCAAGUGCAAGUUCUGUCGCCAGUGAGGGAAGAGUAGCCAGCCAGUGAUGCCCCAGGGAAUCCCAAACUCCCACAGUAGACUUCGCAGAUAACUUCCGCGCACAGCCCCAUGCUUUGUUCUCUUGGAUUCAAGACAAGUGGCCGGAACCUGUCUCUUAGAGUGGACUUAUGGUUGCAGGGUAAGGCGAAUUGAGAUCAAUCCCUAAGGUGAACAAAAAGGCACUCUGAAGCUACAUGAAGUCUAGUUCAGGCAAUGUAUGCACAAACAUAGUCUCUCAGUCAUGAAAA